GGAAGUCGUUCCAUACAUGAUUGCCGUAGUACUACUAAUGAAAACGUCGUGGCGCCUUUCGUCUACUUCCUUUUCACGACGUGCUUUCCAAAAUGCAGAAGAAACAGAAAGAACCUAUCCAGUCCGUGCAAGUCUUCGGACGUAAAAAAAGCGCAACUGCUGUUGCUUAUUGCAAACGAGGCCGUGGAAACCUCCGUGUUAAUGGACGCCCACUGGAAUUGGUGGAACCUCGUGUAUUGCAAUACAAAUUACAGGAGCCCAUUCUGUUACUCGGUAAAGAAAAGUUCUCUGGAGUUGACAUUAGGGUGAGAGUGAAUGGCGGUGGUCACGUAGCACAAAUUUAUGCAAUUCGUCAAGCUAUUUCUAAAGCUCUUGUUGCAUAUUAUCAAAAGUAUGUUGACGAAGCAAGUAAAAAGGAAGUAAAAGACAUCCUUAUUCAAUAUGAUCGUACUCUUCUGGUCGCCGAUCCGAGGAGGUGCGAGCCAAAGAAAUUUGGUGGUCCAGGUGCCAGGGCCCGUUACCAGAAAUCCUACCGUUAAUAUCUACGAAUUUCGUAUUACUGUAUAUUCAUAAUACUGAAUAAAAAUUUUUAAAACGAAA